GGCUGUGAGUGCAGAGGCCAAGUCUUUGUGGUUUUGAAGUCUAGCAGGCCUUGAUGGGAUUCAGGAGCAGAGGCUCAACCACGGUUCUCAAAUGCCUGUGAUGAUCCACCAAGAUUCAAUUCUAUGAGGCUGAGGGGUGUCGCUCAAGCCACUUAUAAUCCUGGGGACACAAUAGAAUAUGAGUGUCGUCUAGGAUACAAGCUCAAGAGACCUCCUCUUGCCACCUCUGCUGUCUGUCAGUCUGAUAGCACAUGGACGCCUCUCCAGGAGGCUUGUACAAGAAAAUUAUGUCGACAUCCAGGAGAACCCACAAAUGGCCAAGUCAAAUAUGUAAAUGGAACUUUGGAGUUUGGUUCACAGAUUCACUAUGUUUGUAAUGAGGGUUUUAACUUAAUUGGACAAAACAUUCUAUAUUGUGAACUUGUUGGAGAAAAUGUGGAUUGGAGUGACAAUCCCCCAUUAUGUCAAGAUGCCUGUGGUGAUCCGCCAAGAUUCAAUUCUAUGAAGCUGAAGGGUGUCGCUCAAUCCGCUUAUAACCCUGGAGACACAAUAGAGUAUGACUGUUGUCUAGGAUACAAGCUCAAGAGACCUCCUCUUCCCACCUCUGCUGUCUGUCAGUCUGAUAACAAAUGGACACCUCUCCAGGAGGCUUGUACAAGAAAAUUAUGUCCACAUCCAGGAGAACCCACAAAUGGUGAAGUAAAAUAUGUAAAUGGAACUUUGGAGCUUGGUUCACAGAUUCACUAUGUUUGUAAUGAGGGUUUUAACUUAAUUGGACAAAACAUUCUAUAUUGUGAACUUGUUGGAGAAAAUGUGGAUUGGAGUGACAAUCCCCCAUUAUGUCAAGUGAUGUCUUGUAGCCCACCUCCAAAAAUACAAAAUGGAAAAUACACCAGAAGGGACCAGGAGGAAUUUACGUACAAUGAUGUAGUAACUUAUAGUUGUGAUCCUUCAGAUGGACCAGAUGAAUAUUCACUUGUCGGAGAGAGCAGGCUUGUUUGUUCUGGGAAUGACAAAUGGAGUAGUGACCCUCCGGAGUGUAAAGGCCAAAAUGUUCGGAAAACACUUCCCUAACUCCAUUGGCCUUUC